CAGUGCAUCUGUGGCUUCUAAUACUGACCUUAAUGUUCUGUAAGGUUUUUCAUCUCCCACUGUGUCAUAAUAAUAAUACCAUAAUUGUCCGAUAGGGGUUUAUUUAUGCAUCAUUGCAAGUCUGGAAGAGCUUUAACUCAAAAGAAAUUAACUUUAUAACAACCUGGGGACAAUAACCCCCCGCUUUAAAUCUCCUGUGGUAGUAUUAGCUGUGCUUUAGAAUCUUCACUUGGACUCGUGUAGAUCAAGUGACCGUUUCUGAAGUUCAAGAUGAGGCUUGAAGUGAUUUUAAUGCACACUCUGUGAGCAAAUCCAGCUAAAUUGUGAUUUCCCAACACACAGGGUCUUAACAAGGCUUUUUUUUCAGCCUAACACAUUAAUCUGUGGUGGUUUAGAGUUUAAUUUACAGCUGAUUUCCAGUGAAAGUCUAUGGAUGGUACGCUCACUGUAUAGCCACAUCCUCAACAGCAUUCCUCCUCCUCCUCCUCCUCCUCCUCCCCCUCAGCCUCCUAGAACUUGAAAUGUAGCCAUGCAGCAUUGAUUUUUUUUCCACACCGCAAAACCAAAACGCACACGACCAUCUAAUCCUUUCUGGUGUGUCAGUUCUGUUGCCUGAAAUGUAAGACGUGCCGCGGUGUUGAUUUUCCAGCUCCAGUCAGAGCUGAAGGACGUUCAUACCGGUCCAGCAGCAGCGAGGUCAGAGUUCAGGUUUUCAGAAAUAUAACUGCUGGAGUUUUAGAACUGGAGGAGUGACAGCCUGAUACUGGAAUCUUUGGGAAGAUCAAAACACACGGACGGGCAUUUUCCACAUUAAAUCAUCUGUAAACAAGCUGGAAUCUGCCCUGAGCAUAAAUGAAUAUUUUUCUCAGUCAGAACCCAUUUUUGACCCUAAACCUUGAGGACAUUUCUUUGCCAUCAGAGUGACACUUUUAGCUAAAUGGGACUUAACGACAGCAGCCCGGGCGCCAUGCGGAAUGGCCGAGCCCUCUCGGACCAGUGGGCAGAGUCAGUGGUGGUCCGGCCUCGAACCACAGAGCGCCACAUCACGGUACACAAACGACUGGUGCUGGGCUUUGCGCUGUCCAUCCUCACCCUCAUCAUAGUCACGGCGGUGGCUGUGGCGCUCAGCAUCCGCUUCGAGGAGUGUGGCGGACGAGAUCGUGACGGAGCGACGGGGGAGUCCGGUUCUCGAGGCAGCGGAGGGUCAUCAAAGUUGAAUGGAAGCAGAGGAGAGAGGGCGGGGGAGAGGGGAGAUGAGGAGGCGGUCCAGCCAUGGAGGAACUCGCGGUUGCCGGGUUCGGUGAGGCCGCGGCACUACGACCUGCGGCUCGCAGUCUACAUGGACAACUUCACCUUCUCUGGAGAGGUCAGCAUCGAGCUGGAGUGCAUCAACGCCACCCGAUUCAUCGUGCUGCACGUUGACCGCCUUGAGGUGGACCGAGUGUCCGUAACAGCAGAGGGAGGCACCGGUGGUCGUCCCGUCAACAGGCCCGGUGGUGGAGCCAUGCGCAUCCACCGCCACUUCCCCUACCCGGCCAAUCAGAUGUACGUCGUGGUGCUGCACCGCGAGCUGAAGCCAAUGAGAGUUUACCGCCUGAACGUGAGCUUCGACGCCGCCAUCGAGGAUGAGCUGCUGGGCUUCUUCAGGAGCUCGUACACCCUGCAGAGAGAGAGACGAUACCUGGCGGUGACUCAGUUCAGUCCGAUCCACGCCCGGAAGGCCUUCCCCUGCUUCGACGAGCCCGUCUACAAGGCCACGUUCUCCCUCACCCUCCGCCACGACCCGCAGUACACCUCGCUCGCCAACAUGCCCGUCGAGAGCAGCUCGCUGUCGGAUGAAGACGGCUGGCUGACCAAUCGCUUCGCCCGCACGCCGCGCAUGUCCACCUACUACCUGGCCUGGGCCGUCUGUAACUUCACCUACAGAGAGACGCAGACCGACAACGGCGUGACGAUCCGUCUGUACGCUCGGCCGGAUGCGAUUUCUAGUGGAGCAGGGGACUAUGCCCUCCACAUCACCAAGAGGCUUCUUGGAUUUUACCAGGACUACUUUAAAGUUCAGUACUCCCUGCCCAAGCUAGACUUGUUGGCUGUGCCCAAACAUCCCUACGCCGCCAUGGAGAACUGGGGGCUGAGCGUCUUCGUGGAGCAGAAGAUCCUGUUGGACGCUGAGGUGUCGUCGUCGUCCUAUCAGAUGGAGCUGACCAUGGUCGUCGUCCACGAAAUCUGCCACCAGUGGUUUGGUGAUCUGGUGACUCCAGUCUGGUGGGAAGACGUCUGGUUAAAAGAAGGUUUUGCUCAUUUCUUCGAAUACGUUGGCACCGACUUCCUCUUCCCAAAGUGGAACAUGGAGAAGCAACGCUUCCUGACUGACGUUCUCCAUGAGGUGAUGCUAUUGGAUGGCCUAAACUCCUCCCACCCGAUCUCCCAGGAAGUGGAGCAGGCGACGGAUAUUGACAGAGUCUUCGAUUGGAUAGCAUACAAAAAAGGAGCGGCGUUGAUCCGGAUGCUGGCUAACGUGAUGGGACAGCCGCUGUUCCAGAAAGGACUCAAUGAUUAUCUGCUGAGUCACAUGUACAGCAACGCAGCCAGAGACGACCUGUGGAGCAAACUGUCUCAGGCCAUGCGUUCAGAGGGGCGGGACAUUAACAUCGGAGAGAUGAUGGACAGGUGGACUCUACAAAUGGGCUAUCCCGUUGUUACCAUCAGCAAAAACCAAUCAGAGCAGCUCCCCACUCAUUACAUAACUAUCAACCAGGAGCACUUCCUGUACGGGCAGGAAGGCAGGAACAACAACAGUUUACAGUGGCAGGUGCCAUUGACGGUCGCUGUGGGAAAUGCAUCCAUGGUUUGUUCAGAGAGUCUCAUCUGGAUCAACAACAAGACAGAAACCCACAGGGCUGGUCAGAUGGAUGACAAAACCUGGUUGCUAGGCAACAUCAACCAGACAGGCUACUUUCGUGUGAACUAUGACCUUCAGAACUGGAAACUGCUGAUUCAACAGCUCCACACCAAUCCUCAAAUCAUCUCCGUUGGAAACAGGGCGGGACUUAUCGAUGAUGCCUUCAACCUGGCCAGGGCUGGGUACAUCCCACAGGGUGUUCCUUUGCAGCUGAUUGGCUAUCUGCCGGAGGAGACGUCCUUCCUGCCAUGGCACGCUGCCAGCCGAUCGCUCUACCAGCUGGACAAACUGCUAGACCGCACAGAAGAAUACAGCCUGUUCAGUGACUAUGUGCUGAAGCAGGUGGCAUCACGGUACCAUCAGAUGGGUUGGCCAACAAACGGCCCCGGCAACGAGGGCAAUGUCCUGCAGGCGUCCUACCAGACUGAGGAGUUACAGAGGGAGCUCAUCAUGUUAGCUUGUAGCUUCGGGAACAAACAGUGCCACCGUCAGGCCGUCGCCUACAUCUCCGACUGGAUCUCCAGCAACAAGAACAGGAUUCCUCCCAACAUCAGAGACAUAGUUUACUGCACUGGGGUCAGUCUGAUGGACGAGGACGUGUGGGAGUUCAUCUGGAUGAAGUUUCACUCGACCAACGCCGUUUCAGAGAAGAAGAUCCUGCUGGAGGCUCUGACAUGCUCAGACAACAUCUUCCUCCUCAACAGGUUACUGAACCUUUCUUUGACCUCUGACCUGGUCCCAGAGCAGGAUGUGAUUGAUGUCAUCAUCCACGUGGGCAGAAACCCGCAGGGUCGAAACCUUGCCUGGAAAUACUUCAGGGAAAAGUGGGACAUUCUCAAUGCCCGUUAUGGUGAAGCGUUGUUCAUGAACUCAAAGCUCAUCAGUGGAGUCACAGAGUUCCUGAACACUGACAGAGAACUCAAUGAGUUAAAGGAGUUCAUCCAGUCCAGCAGCAUGGGUGCAGGGCCUGCGUUGCCGCGGGCGCUGGAGAUCGUUGAAAGCAACGUGCGCUGGCACCGCCUCCACCGGCGGCAGUUCUACCAGUGGCUGCGCAAACCUCCGAACUCCGCCCAUGGCUAACGCUACACCAGUUAGCUAGAGUGAACUGACUGCUAAGUUAAUGCUAAUGAUCUGCUAGCUGACUGAUGCAGUCAGAAUAGGAAAAAUGACAGAAUGAAGAGAAAGACUGACUUAUUCAGCUGGUUUUGCUUUUAAAGAAAUCUGUUUUCAAACUUUAUUUCUGAUAGAUUAUUUGUGUGGAUGAGAUAUUACAGCAGUAGGUAAUGGUGGGUGUGGUUGCUUAUCGACUUCAAAACUAUGUUUUCAGGAAGUUUUCUGUAAACUACAAAAUAACCUUAAUACAUUAUCCAAACAUAAUUAAAAUGUUGUGGAACCUUCCCGACUUACAUGAUAUACUGAAAGGUAGACAUACGACAUGUGUUGUGAUGCAACUUGGCAUUAAGUUACAUGUAUGGUCAGGUGACACAGAUGUUGACAGUGUCUCAUCACCCCUGCAAGGCAGUUAGCGAUCCUGUCUUCUUGACAGCUUCUCAUGUCUGAGCUAAAGGUCCUCACAGGUCUGAAUAUCAGAACCUGAACUGAACAGGAACUGUGACUGUCUAAUUUGAACCUGUAAUUGAUAUCAGCUGAAACAAAUCAGGGAAACAUCCAAAACAUAAAACUCUUAAAAGUACAAUCUCUAACACAACGAAGACAUUUCAUGUCUGUAAUUUCCUGCAUUUUUGGUGGGCUGACUUACGAGGAAGCUUGUGUUUUCAGCCCCAUCUCAGCUCAAAUCCAAAUUCCUCACUAACCAGAGACCCAGAACAGUUUAAAUCAGACCUUCCUGUGUUCGCUACAUUAAACGGCAGAUUUCCAUUGGUGAGGUGCAUGUCGAUUAUUGAACAGAACUGUAAUUAACACUACAUGGGUUUGGUGUCCUCUGAUCACAGCACUCAGAGGACUCAUUCACACUCAUUAACUCUCCACAACAUUUAAACUGCUGCAGCUUGAAUUUAAAAGCAGCUUUGUCUUUGUAGGAUCAAAAACAACAGCAGUUUGGAAACGGUUUGUGAGGCUUUGUUGCAGCCUCGCUUCAGAAAUGUACUUCAAAUAUAAAAGCUUAUAAUACCUUCAAAUAUUACCUCUAAACCACAGAGAAUGCCAGAUUUGGAAGAUAAAUUUUCCACUGAAUAGCAGGGAUUGUCGUGGACCGUUUUGGGGUUUGAACCAGCAGAGCUGGAAACUAAAUCACUUAAAGUAAAAACAAAUUAACGAGGCAAAAAAGUGUUCUGACAGGCAUGAUGGGUUAUAGAAAAGGUGUAAUAGAGAGACUGAAUCUGAUAUCAUAUAUAAAUUUGCUAGAAGUCAGUUUGACGAACUUGGAAUAGGAACUAUGGAUAGCCCUUACAAAAACUGACCCAAGAAUUUAACAUUUGAAAGUUCCAGUUUCCAUUUUCUAGUCUCCCCUGUGAGAAGUCUAUAACUCUGUCUUCUGUGCCAUCUAUACAUUUAAGUGUUUUUUUGUCAUUAUUAAAUACAAAUGUACAAAGUGCGUCACAGUCAGAGGACACACAUAAAUUAAAAAUGAACAAUAAGUUAAAGGGAAAAUUUGGUUAUUUUUAAUGUGGAUGUCCAGUCAGUGUUGAUGGUAAAUGUAGUCCAUUGAAGCAGCAUAUUCCUCAGUGUGUGUGCUAUAUUGUUUUAAUGAGUCUUAAAAAGACAUGUAAAAUGUUUGAUUUUACAACAUACAGAAAAGCAAAAGGACAAAGAGAACAAGGGAUGUUUCUAGACAAAUAUCUUUCAGUGUUUCUUCUAAUUUUAUUCUUAGUUAUCUGCUGUUGAUUUUACUAUGGAGACAAACAAAUAGAGAAAAUAUUCCAAAAAUUACAAGCUUUCACCAACAUCAAGCUUUGUUCUUCCUCAAUUUUAAUCGUUUUCUGUUGCAUUUGUAAAUUUCAUAGUAAAUUAAGAUCGAAGAAAAGUACCGAACAGCAUAAUGUUGGGCUACUGCUGAUACGGUUUCAUUGUCAAAUGGCUAACAUGUGGUCCGUCAUCAGCAUAGACAAAGCCUUCAGCAUCAUGGGAUUACUCAAAACUACAAAUUCUGUGGAUACUGCCAUUCUAAUUUAAUUGUUGGAAUUUGUCACCCAAUAAAGUACCUAAUUUACAUUAACUUUUUUAGGAAGUGAAAUGGGUGAAAGUGAACAUAGCCUUAAACUAAAAUAAAAAAUAAUAAAUAAAAAAAAAUUCAGCCAGUGAACUUUCUCCUUAUUUCAAGACCUCGUUAAACACUAAAGUAACUCAUUUGAGGGGCUAAAUGGAUAAAGGAACUGACAGAUGGAUGAGAAUCUUUCUUUGUGGGCAACUGAAGGAGUCAGCUGGACUAUAAACAGAUUAGAACUCAACAAAAACUCAAACAAAAUAAAAACUCAACAGAUCUCAAAGCACAAAACCAGAAAGUUGUUGGAUGAAGCACUUCUGCCUUAGCUGCUGGACAGAAACUAAAGUCAUAACAAUAAACACUAACAUUUUUUUAGUAGCCAAUCAGUGGUUAGAAUUCAGUCAACCCUUUUUUGUGUCUCCAGAUGGACAAAUAAAUUGAGGGUAGUAAAAUCGGGGCAAAGAAGUGGCCGACAAGACAACUGAGACUAUCUGGCUCAUGUUCAGUGUCAUUAUAUGCAGAUGAUGUGGCUUUUUAAAUGGGACAUGUAGGAAUUUACAGCACGACAGAUUCUGCAGCAUGAUGGAUUCUGUGGUGUGAUGGAAUUUACAGUGUGAGUCAGCAAGGCUGCAAAUUUCACUGCAUGACGGACCUUACAAGGCUUUUAAUUUUGCAGUGUGAUGGAUUGUUCAAUGCACAACGUUGCUUGCUAAGUGACCGGUUCUGUCAUAAGAAAUUAACUACUGUGUGACGGAUUUUAUGGCACGAUGGAAAUUACAGCUGGAACUCUGCAUUGCGAUAGAUUCUAGACAGUCCCUGUAUCGGUGUGACAGAAUGUACGACAGACUCUACAGAUUUUCUUGCAGCAUGGAUUGUACACUAUAAUGGGCUCUGCAGUGCAAUGGACUCUAUGGGAUAUGGCUCUUCCAAAGUGAUGGACUUUACAGCGCAAUGGAUUUUACAGAGUGCGGAUGCCUGCUUUCCCUCAGAGUUUUAAAUGUAAAUGACACUGACUUUGGACUGAAAUGUAGAGUCCAGAGUCUUGGAAACUAUGAGCUGGACACAAAAACGCUGGAAAACUACACCUAUAGGACCUUUUGAGGGGGCCAUCUCCAAAGUCCAGAUAAAUCUUUGGAGAAGCAACUUUUAAGAAUUUUGGAAAAGAACUUCAAAUGAAUCAUAAUGAACUUUUCUGUCUGGUGUGGUGAUCCUCUGUCCUGUUGACAGACUUUUUGAAGUUAUUCUUCUUCUGUUAGAUCCGGCUUUGAUGUUAAUAAUGAGCCAUAUAUGAAUUAAUGGGCCUGCCUGCUUCUAUACACUGUGUGUCCAGUGUGUGUGUGUGCGCGUGUGUGAUGAAGAUGAUGAUGAAGAUAACAGCAGCCGCAGUGGUGGUGAUGACUGCUGUGCCAGUCAUGAUGAUUAAAAUAAUGAUAAUUAAAAUUAUUAUGAUCAUAAUCAUAACAAUGAUAGAUUUUAUGAUGAUGGCAAGUCACUAAUGAUAAUUGUUGAUGUAAAAAAGCUAAUUAGUAUUAUUAUAAUUAUUAUGCUAAUUAUUCAGUGCAUUUUGAACCUGUGUUGUCCUGUCAGGGAUAUUUGGUUUACAGACAUAAAAUACACAAUGAAUCUGUCCCAUGUACAAUAAAUACUGGAAAUUAUACAAAUAUGGUACUUAAAAUUAAAAUGUGAAAACUUAAGAUGUUGAAGUAGAUGAAAAGGGUGGUGAGAUAAUAAUGACGAUGACUUAGGACCAAACUGUGACGGAAACGGAAAGUCGCAGAGCAGAGUUUAAUCCUACUUCCUGUUUGCACUGCUGUGGUUUCCUGUGUUUUCUGAUUGGACGAUAUUAAAAUGGUUAACCUUG